CUUCUCGUUCAUAGGUUCAAGCUUCCAAGUUUCAGAGAGAGAGAGAGAGAGAGAGAGAAUGCAGACGUUGCAAGAGAAGGCGGCGGAGUGGAGCGGGGUGGACACCAGCGACGCCUUCGCCAUUGAUGAGACCAAUCUCUACGAGAAGCUCGGCCUUCAGACCUUUAUCAAUCUCUCCACCAAUUUCUACACCAGGGUUUUUGAUGAUGAGGAGGAGUGGUUCCGCUCAAUUUUUGCUAGUUCAACAAAAGAAGAUGCCAUUAGGAACCAGUAUGAGUUCUUUGUGCAAAGAAUGGGAGGGCCUUCUCUGUUUUCACAGAGGAAAGGUCAUCCUGCCUUGAUUGGGCGGCAUCGCCCAUUUCCAGUCACUCACAAAGCUGCAGAGAGGUGGUUGCAUCAUAUGCAGCAAGCAUUGGACAGCACUGCAGAUAUAGAUGAUGACUCUAAAACCAAAAUGAUGAAUUUUUUCAGGCACACUGCAUUCUUUCUGGUAGCUGGAGAUGAGUUGAAGAAUCAAAGCCAAGCAUCUACUUGUAAGAAUUGUAAGCAUCAUUAGGGUGUAAGCAAGUAGAGCUUUUGGUAAAUUACUUAUGCUUGUGUUCAGUAAAUGUUCGUUUAUUAGGGUAAACGAACAUAAAUGAACAGAUUUUAGAGCUCGUUUAAUAAACUAACAGAGUCUAAACAUUUGUAUACUUGUUUGGUAAGAGUUUGCGAACAAGCUUGUUUAUUGUUCGUUUAAU